AAAUAUCAAAAUAAAAUUGACAAUGGUAUCAUUCAUUCGGAGUCAGACUAGAGUGAUAGUUAGUAAGGUUUCGAAAUAUUUUGUUCAAGGUCCAGUGUGUAAAAAAAAUAUGGGAAGCUCCUACUCGAGAUCAUAUUCUCCCAACAGUGGCCAAGGUGGAAGCUGCAAUGAAAACCGCGGAACCAUAUCCCGAAUGGAGUCUACUAACAAUUACGUCGAAUCAGUCGUUUGUCAAGAGAAUGACCUCAAAGACAACGAGAUGAAGGUUUUCGACAUCGGCGAAGACGGGAAGGUGCUUGUAGUGAAACAAAAGGGAGAAUUCUCCGCUAUCGGAACGAAGUGUACGCAUUAUGGAGCCCCUCUCAUCAACGGCGCGCUGGGGGACGGAAGACUGAGGUGUCCUUGGCACGGGGCCUGCUUCAAUCUGAAGACCGGGGACAUUGAAGAUUUUCCUGGUUUUGAUUCGCUGCCGUGCUAUCAAGUUACCGUAACCGAUAAAGGAGAAGUAAAGGUAAGAGCAAAGAUAAGUGACCUCAAAACGAACAAGCGUAUAAAGGAUAUGGGUGUGGUCUCUCCUUGUGAAGGUUCCGUUGUUGUUAUAGUGGGCGGAGGACCGUCGGGCGCUACAUGUGCUGAAUCACUACGCAGCGAAGGAUUUAAAGGUCGGAUCACCGUUAUCGCAAAAGAGCCGCAUCUCCCUUACGAUAGGAUUAAAGUAUCUAAAAUCGGCACAGUCACCGAUAUAGAAAAACUGCAGGCGAGAUCACAAAAAUAUUAUGACGACGCCAAUAUUGAAAUAAUGAAAGGAGUGGAAGCAACCAAAAUAGAACCUAACGACAAGCUUGUCCAUUUAAACAACGGUAACAAGCUCCGAUACAGCGCGCUGUAUCUAGCGACCGGCUCCAAGCCUCGGGUACCUGAUAUACCCGGCAUCGAUUUGAAAAAUAUAUUCACCGUGCGGAAUUAUGAAGACUCCAUUAACAUACUGACAACUUUAGGAUCGAAUCAAGACAAAGACGUUGUCGUCCUCGGUCUCAGUUUCAUCGGCUUGGAGUCGGCCGCUUCAUGCAAUGAGAAAGCGAAGUCUAUAACCGUAGUUGGUAAACAGAAGGCUCCGCUUGAGCAAAUUUUCGGCCCAGAAAUAGGACGAAGCCUACAAAAAUUGUUCGAAGAUAAGGGCGUAAAAUUCCAGUUCGAGACCACGAUAACAAAAUGUAAUGGCGAGGACGGUGUGAUAAAGUCGGUCGAAUUGACGAACGGGACCGUGCUGCCCGCCGAUAUGCUAAUUUUGGGCGUCGGGACCACAUUCAACACAGAAUUCGUGAAAGAUAGCGGUUUGAAACUGGAAGCGAACGGUGCGGUCUCGGUUAAUGAUAAGCUCGAAACAAAUAUUCAAAAUAUAUACGCCGGAGGUGACAUCGCUCAUGCACCCGUUGCGGCCUACGAUAAUAAACAGAUGACUAUAGGCCACGUGGGAUUGUCUCAGUACCACGGACGGGUCGCCGCUCUGAAUAUAUUGAAGAAAGAGACGUCGCUCCAAACUGUACCAUUCUUCUGGACAAUGUUGUUCGGGAAGUCCAUCCGGUACGCCGGCUGCGGUAGGGCCGCAAGCACGCUGAUCGAUGGAAACGUUGAUGAUUUAAAAUUCGUCAUCUUUUUCUUUGACGAAACAGACAAGGUAAUCGCCAUGGCUUCGUGCAUGAGAGAUCCCAUUGUCGCGCAAUUCGCAGAAUUCCUACAUCAAGGCAAGUCGCUGUACAAGAAAGACUUGAAAGAUGAUCGAUUUGCUUGGACAAAGUCUAUCAAUUGAACGGCGAAUCUCAAAUGAAGUAACAGUAUUAUUGUCAGAUAGGAGAAAUAAUACAGGGUGUGAUUGACAUCCGAUUCAGAUUUGUAAGUGUGCAUGUAUUCUGAUUACAUUAAACAACAAAAAAUCCAAGUCAAAAGUAAUUCAACUUAGCUUCAUGGUCUAUAAUCAAAUUCAAAUAAAUUGUUAAUAAACUUUAAAUAUUUAUGGUAUUUUGAUAGCAUGUUUGCUAUAUAUUUACAAUUUUGUAGUAAAAUGUAUCUUAGAAACUAAAUAAAUGUUUACAAACAAUGUUUACACCUGUAUAUGUAAAGCGUUAUAUACAAUGUUAAAUGCUAUUUACAUUAUUUUACAUAGAAUUUAGGAUAAAACCAAGUAUUUAUUUUUUGUUAAGUUUCUAAGAUCUUAAAGUUACUGAAAUAAUGUUAAAUGUUCUCCUUUUUGUUAUUAUUUCUCAUAUCGUCUAGGAAGUACAAUUUUGUUUUGCUUUUAAUUUAUAUGUAAUUACACAUAAGUAUCUUUAUAGACCUAGUGUUUGUGAAAAUUUCACUAAAUACUAACAAAAUUGUCAAUGAAAAAAAUCAUUAUGAUUAAAAUAUUGGCAAAGUUUUCACAUUGAUUUUACCAAAAUGAUGCCACGGAAGUUUUGAUCAUUUUUAUGUUAUUUAAUAGUAUUGUACAUGCUGUGCAAUGUUCUGUCAUAUUUGCACCAUGACAUCCAGUAUGUGAUGUCGCGUUUGCAUUUACUGGGAACUCUCCCUUCCUUUAAGUUAUUUCAGUCUUCACUUCCAAAUUAUGCCUGAGACCUGGGUUUCAAUAUUCCCAAAACACAUGAAGGUUUCUAGACCCCUAAAAUCGGAAUGUCUUGACAAUCGUUGAAACUUGCUUCUUAGGAUUAACUGGGUAAACACCUGUUGAAACUAUCCUUGACGUUCAGAAGAACAUAGGGGAGAGGAGUGAAUUCUUGAAAAUUACAACUUAAAUUAUUAUUAUAAUUUUAGAGAAGCAACUGUUAAUAAAGACCUUGAAUUGUAUGGAUUUAUACUAAAAAUACGAAAAAGAUCGCCUGUAUGUAUUCACACAAAUAACUUCUUAAUUUUAAUAAUCACAUGCAAUACAGUUUUUAUAUGACUUGAGUCAGCCUAUUUACCGAUGGCCCCUUUUCUCACAAUUGUUAUGCUGAAAGCAUUUAUGUACUUGUACUUGCCUAAUUUAUGUAUAGAAACCAUUCACUUUAUACCUUACAAGUAAUUCGUAUUGCUGUAAUAUGUAAUAUUCGGUACCUACAUACAUAGUAUGAUGUUAGUACUGUUUAUUAUUAUGUAAAAAUGUAUUGUGAAAGACCAACUACUCUUUUUUUGUAACAAAAUGAAUUGUGUAUAAGCACCUAUGUGAACAGAUAUAUUUAUCAAGCAUGUCUGUAAAAAUAAAAUGUUUGUGUGAUAAAAAAGCAUAAUUUAAAUAAGUACUUAUUGUAAAAUAAAAUAUAUGCAGCAUUUG